UUCGGAUAAACAUUCCUUAUUCAGUGAAGUAAUUAGCCACACCAUUACAAUACACCCUUAUGAAGAAUUGAAAAUUGAUAGAUUUUAUAUAGACCCGUCAACUGGAAAAUGCCAUUACAGAAGGAAAAACUAUGGUUUCAUCCCUAAUACUGUUAAUUUGAAAAACGGGUCCAUAACAUGUAACGAUGACAAUGAAGAUGUUGAAAUUAGGUACGCCAAUCAAGUGAAUUCAGAGCCCAAGAACCAUCAACCCACUGAAAUACCCACAGAUCAAGUUUCAGAGCCAUUAACAUUCCUUGAAAGUGACAAUGAGCAGCCAACAGAUGGACCAUCUGUAAAUCUUGGUGAUUUUGUCAGCUCAGCUGAAAGAGCCUACAGAUUCCUUGAAACAAAUGACCCAAAUUCAAGAAUUAUAUCAUCUAUUUACAAUUUUUUUGAAAUCGUGGUAAGUGGAAUCUUUCCAAUUACCAAUAUAGGAUUAUUAUUGUUUUUGGACACUGUGGACUAUUUCACCGCUCCAUGUGCCAAACAAGUGAGAUACAGAAAGGAAACUAAAUACUUUUGGUUCAUGGGCUUUCGUCUGUUUCAUGGGAAGUUUCUGAGGUAAGACUUCAUUCAUUUUUACUUUUAAUUCUUAUGAUAAUAAAAUAUAACUAGACUUUGGAAAUUGAACAAGUUCAAUUUCAGACUCCAGAUCUAUACUUCUUUAAGCCCAGUCAUCCAGAAUAAGCCGAGUCAUCCAGAAUAAGCCGAGUCAUCCAGAAUAAGCCGAGUCAUCCAGAAUAAACUGAGUCAUCCAGAAAAUGAUGGAUGGAUGGAUGGAUGAAAUAGGAAGGAGGGAUAGGAUAGAACAGGAAGGAACGAUAGGAUAGAAUAGGAAAGGAUGAGAUAGAAUAGAAUAGAAUAGCAAGGAGUGAUAGAAUAGGAAGGAAAGUUAAGGAUAGGAAGGAUAGAUAAAAAGGAUAGGAUAACAUGGGAUAGGAUGGAUAGGAUAGAAUAAGAAGGAACGAUAGGAUAGAGUAGGAAAGAAGGAUAGGAUAGAAUAGGAAGGAUAGGAUAGGAAGGAAAAGAUAUGAAGGAAAGAUAGAUAGAAGGAAGGAUAAGAUAGGAAGGAUGGGUGGAAGGAUUGAUGGAUUUUUCAACAUUUUCUUCACUUCUCUUGACUUUCUAUCAGGAUACCAUAAGAUCGAUUUUUCUCGAAAUUUCAAAACGCCAUAACAUAAGUCGGAUCGAAAUUUGGUUUGCAGAUUCAGAUCCCUUAGAAAAUUCUAUCCUUAAUUCAUAACUCAUACGUUAAAUUUAGAGAAGUUUUUAUUUUGACCUACUUUUCAGACACCAUAUCUCAAAAGUGGGUCAAAAUAGUUUCUGACAGCAAAAAGCUAACACUAUUAGCAC